CGCUGCAUGAUUACAUUGGCUUUCUUUCCUGCCCGAGCCCAGACGUGUGUUAACGUUGAAGUGGGGGUAGCUAUAGUUGGAGACACUAAAUUGACCCGUAAGCAGUGCAACAUUGGCUGUAAAGGUCUUGUCCUAGAAACUACAUAUUUGAGUGCAUAGGAAGCUGUAUAUUUUAACACAUUCAAAAAUGUCUUGGCAAAGCUACGUGGAUAACCUGAUGGCCGACGGCAGCUGUCAGGAUUCCGCCAUUGUUGGGUAUACGGACGCCAAAUACGUUUGGGCAGCACAUGCCGGUGGUACUUUUAGCAACAUAACGCCUCAAGAAAUUGAUGUCCUCAUUGGAAAGGACAGGACUAGUUUCUUCACCAACGGCAUGGCCUUGGGUUCAAAGAAGUGCUCGGUCAUCAGAGACAGUCUCCAUUUUGAAGGGGACUGGACAAUGGACAUCAGGACAAAGAGUCAAGGAGGAGAGCCAACAUACAACAUUACUGUAGGCAAAGCUGGCAAAGCAUUAGUUUUAGUCAUGGGAAAGGAAGGGGUCCAUGGCGGACAGCUCAACAAGAAAGCAUUUACCAUGGCUGAGUACUUGAGGAAGUCUGGAACUUGAAGCAGCCUCUACCCAUCAUCUUACUCACCUCCAUUGUGUUGACAGUACUUUGAGGAUUAGUUAGCAGACACAUUGGUACUCUUCCCCAGUUCCAUUUUUAUGUACACCCUUUGUUUUAUUUUUUGUUAAUUCAUGUUUUUUUUGUCCCUUUUCCUCACCAUUCUUUCUCAGAGCAUUAACACUAUGUAUCCUAUUUCUGACACUAAAGUAAGAGCAUGUUCAUCAACAAUGGUUGAAAUGUAUAUUUACCAUAAGGGGAAUGUGCAAAGAAAUUCAUAAAAAUAUAAUAAAAUGUGUACCAAAUUUGGACUUAGCUUGUAUAAACAAAUACUUAGCAAUUGGAAAAUGACAGGAGGAAGCACACCUUAAAUGGCGGCAUCAUUCGAUGGUGCAGACAGUUUUGCAUAGGAAAAUGCCUUUUCAGAAUUUUGAAGCGAUAACCGUCUGGUGUGGUCUCCUUUCCUCAGCAUGUCAGGGUUGGAAAGUUGCAUGCAUAUCUUUUAGUAUACAGAAUUUCUCUUUCCUUGCCUUUCCCAAACCAUUAUAUUCCAUCCAGAAAUGUUAUUUUAAUUCAGUCCUCCUUGAAUUGUCAUUUGAUACAUACAUCAUUAAGGUAAAGAUUUCCUCCAUCAUAGUCCUCUAAGCAUACUUUGAAACCCCUCAGCUGAAUCAGCCCACUAUUUAGGUUUUUCAUUUUUUCUUUAGGUUGCAUUAUCUUCCAUCAAAUGCUUUUGCUGUUGUAACUUGAAUGUGGUCUUACAAGUCAUUGAUGUGGUGUUGGAAUAUUGUUUGAGCGUAAUGGCAGAUAAGAUCAGCAUUGCUGAGUAAAAAAAAAAAUAUUCCUCCCAUGAACCUUCAAUAUGUCUUAAAGUGGACAUUCCAUCUUUGCAAUAGCUCAGGCACAUAUCUAGGAUAUGCCAGCUCCUGCAAUUGUAUUUUGCGCUGCUGACAUUGCGCAGUGUAUCGUCCCUACAAACCAUGUUUUGGCAAGUUUUUAUUUUCCAUAGGACCAAUUGUCUGUCAGGGUGAUUUUCAGAAUAGCUUCAAACCAUUGUGAAAGAUUGUUGGCCUCAUUUGUCAGUCAUUAGACACUAUACUUCAGAUGGCUUUAAAACACUUACUGCUUCUUUAGAUUACUUAGAAACUAAUUGAUUUACUGCUAAUUUGUUAACUGAUGAAAUUGCAGUCUCACUUGACAACUGGUAAUGAGUGUAUUCUUAGUGAAUGACUGUAAACCCAAGCUCUGCUGGGCAAAACUCUUUGAAUGAGUUGCCUUGGGCUCUACUCAUCAAAGAUGUAUCAGCAACUGUUAGCACACUACUUAACAGUAUAUUAAAAACAACAUUGAAAGUGUUAAUGGUGUGAAAAGUGUUAAUUAAUGGAAAAUGGUGUUGGUUGGAAUAAGAACACUAGUGAGUUGUCUUGUGAAAACUUUCAAAGAAAACUAUCCUGUGCCAUAACGUAGAUCUGAUCUGUUGCUACUGUGAGUUAGAUUUUUAACUUCUGCCUCAGCAAGGACUAUGGCACUCUCCUCCGGUGAAGGCUUUGUGGAAUAUGUCCAGAACUACACAUUUCUCACUGAUUUGUGAUUUUUCUUUUCCCUAUGCAUUUGGAUUCAGUCAAAGUUAUUAAAUAUGCAUUUUGAUAAAUGUUUGGGGAAAAUGCCAUAAAUUGAUAAAUCACCUUGUUUACAGACAGAUCAAAUAAAAGUUAUUCCAACCAGAACUGUCAA